GCCCUCAGCCUGGGCUUCAGGACUCUCGCGAGACCUGGGGCCUCCGUUACGCGCCGCCCCGCCUGAGCAGCGCACUUCUCGCGAGGCUGAGGCAGGGCCGGGCCCGACAUGGCGGAAGAGGAGGUGGCCAAGUUGGAGAAGCACUUGAUGCUUCUCCGACAAGAGUAUGUCAAGCUACAGAAGAAACUGGCAGAGACAGAGAAGAGAUGCACCCUUUUGGCUGCACAAGCAAACAAGGAAAGCAGCAGUGAAUCCUUCAUCAGCCGCCUGCUGACGAUUGUGGCCGACCUGUACGAGCAGGAGCAAUACAGUGAUCUGAAGAUAAAGGUUGGGGGCAGGCACAUCAAUGCUCACAAGUUUGUCCUGGCAGCCCGCAGCGAUAGCUGGAGUCUGGCCAGUUUGUCUUCCACCGAGGAGCUGGACCUGUCAGAUGCCAACCCCGAGGUGACAAUGACAAUGCUUCGCUGGAUCUAUACGGAUGAGUUGGAGUUCAGAGAAGAUGAUGUGUUCCUGACUGAGUUGAUGAAACUAGCUAAUCGGUUUCAGCUACAGCUCCUUAGGGAGAGAUGUGAGAAGGGUGUGAUGUCUCUGGUGAACGUCAGGAACUGUAUCCGCUUCUAUCAGACAGCAGAGGAGCUGAAUGCCAGCACGCUCGUGAACUACUGUGCGGAAAUUAUUGCAAGUCACUGGGAUGACUUACGAAAGGAGGACUUCAGCAGCAUGGGUGCUCAGUUAUUAUACAAAAUGAUCAAGUCUAAGACCGAGUACCCCUUACAUAAAGCUAUCAAGGUGGAGCGGGAAGACGUGGUCUUCCUUUAUCUAAUUGAAAUGGAUUCGCAGCUGCCCGGGAAACUGAAUGAACUGGAUCAGAACGGAGAUCUUGCUUUAGAUCUAGCCCUUUCACGACGCCUGGAGAGUAUCGCCAGCACGCUGGUCAGUCACAAAGCUGAUGUGGACAUGGUGGACAAGAACGGCUGGAGCUUGUUGCAUAAAGGAAUCCAAAGAGGAGAUCUCUUCGCUGCCACUUUCCUCAUUAAGAACGGGGCCCUUGUCAAUGCUGCUACAUUGGGUGCCCAGGAGACACCGUUGCACCUUGUAGCUUCGUACAGCUCAGAGAAACACUCUGCAGGUGUGAUGUCCGAGAUGGCACAGAUUGCGGAGGCUCUCCUGCAGGCUGGCGCCAACCCCAACAUGCAGGACAGCAAGGGCAGGACUCCCUUACACUUGUCCAUCAUGGCCAGGAAUGAACACGUCUUCAAUCAGUUGCUGCAGUGUAAACAACUGGAUCUGGAGCUGAAAGACCAUGAGGGCAGCACAGCUCUGUGGCUUGCGGUGCAGUACAUCACGGUGUCUUCCGACCAGUCCGUGAACCCCUUCGAAGACCUCCCUGUGGUCAACGGGACCUCAUUUGAUGAAAACAGCUUUGCCGCCAGACUCAUUCAGCGUGGCAGCAACACCAAUGCGCCUGAUACGGUAACAGGAAAUUGCCUACUCCAGCGGGCGGCUGAAGCAGGAAAUGAGGCAGCAGCUCUUUUCCUGGCAACCAGUGGUGCCCACGUUAACCACAGAAACAAAUGGGGAGAAACGCCGUUGCACACGGCCUGUCGGCACGGCCUGGCCAACCUCACCGCAGAGCUCCUGCAGCAGGGGGCCAACCCAAACCUGCAGACGGAGGAGGCCCUGCCUUCGCCGAAGGAGGCUGCCUCCCUGUCCGGCUCGGCGGACAGCAGCGUCUCCCAGCAGACGCCGCUGCACAUGGCCAUCGCCUACAAUCACCCCGAUGUGGUGUCCAUCAUCCUGGAGCAGAAGGCUAAUGCUCUUCAUGCCACCAACAACUUGCAAAUUAUUCCGGACUUCAGCCUCAAGGAUUCCCGGGACCAAACUGUGCUGGGCCUGGCCUUGUGGACUGGCAUGCACACGAUCGCGGCCCAGCUGCUGGGCUCUGGGGCUUGCAUCAACGACACCAUGUCGGACGGGCAGACCUUGCUGCACAUGGCCAUGCAGCGGCAGGACAGCAAGAGCGCGCUCUUCCUCCUGGAGCACCAGGCGGACAUAAACAUCAGGACUCAGGAUGGGGAGACGGCUCUUCAGCUGGCCAUCAGGAAUCAGCUUCCGCUCGUGGUGGACGCCAUCUGCACCCGAGGAGCCGACAUGUCCGUGCCAGACGAGAAGGGGAACCCUCCCCUGUGGCUCGCCCUGGCAAAUAAUCUGGAGGACAUCGCGUCCACUCUGGUCAGACAUGGUUGUGAUGCCACGUGCUGGGGUCCAGGACCUAGCGGGUGCCUUCAGACACUGCUGCACAGAGCCAUUGACGAAAACAACGAGGCCAUCGCCUGCUUUCUUAUUCGAAGUGGCUGCGACGUGAAUAGUCCCAGACAGCCUGGUGCUAAUGGAGAAGGAGAGGAGGAGGCCAGAGACGGGCAGACCCCCUUGCAUUUGGCAGCCUCCUGGGGCCUGGAGGAGACGAUACAGUGCCUUCUGGAGUUCGGUGCCAAUGUCAAUGCACAGGAUGCAGAAGGAAGAACGCCUGUCCACGUGGCCAUCAGCAACCAACACGGCGUCAUCAUUCAGCUGCUGAUCUCUCACCCCGACAUCCACCUGAACGUGCGAGACAGGCAGGGCCUGACCCCCUUUGCCUGCGCCAUGACCUACAAGAACAACAAGGCGGCCGAGGCCAUCCUGAAGCGGGAGUCCGGGGCCGCCGAGCAGGUGGAUAACAAGGGCCGGAAUUUUCUUCACGUGGCAGUUCAGAGCUCUGAUAUUGAGAGCGUCCUGUUCCUCAUCAGUGUCCAGGCUAACGUGAAUUCCAGAGUCCAGGAUGCGUCCAAGUUGACCCCUUUGCACCUUGCCGUCCAAGCAGGCUCAGAGAUUAUUGUCCGCAAUUUGCUUCUUGCAGGAGCCAAAGUGAAUGAAUUAACCAAGCACCGCCAGACUGCCCUCCAUCUCGCUGCCCAGCAGGACCUGCCCACCAUCUGCUCAGUCCUCUUGGAGAAUGGAGUGGACUUUGCUGCUGUGGAUGAGAAUGGAAAUAAUGCUCUGCAUCUCGCGGUCAUGCACGGCCGGCUCAGCAACAUCCGCGUCCUCUUGACAGAGUGCACCGUGGACGCCGAAGCCUUUAAUCUCAGAGGCCAGUCGCCACUGCACAUUUUGGGACAGUAUGGCAAGGAGAAUGCGGCAGCCGUCUUUGAGCUCUUCCUCGAGUGCAUGCCUGAGUAUCCUCUAGAUAAACCAGAUGCAGACGGGAACACCGUGCUGCUCUUAGCGUACAUGAAAGGGAACGCCAACUUGUGCCGCGCCAUUGUCCGGUCCGGGGCUCGCCUGGGGGUCACCAAUAACCAAGGAGUCAACAUCUUCAACUACCAGGUUGCCACCAAGCAGCUGCUCUUUAGACUCUUAGAUAUGCUGUCCAAGGAGCCUCCGUGGUGCGACGGCUCCAACUGCUACGAGUGCACGGCCAAGUUUGGAGUCACUACUCGCAAACAUCACUGUCGUCACUGCGGACGCCUUCUGUGCCAUAAAUGCUCGACCAAGGAGAUUCCUAUUAUAAAGUUUGAUCUGAACAAGCCCGUGCGAGUUUGCAACAUCUGCUUUGAUGUGCUCACUUUGGGCGGGGUCUCUUAGUGAGCCCCCAGGAAGGUCCAGGCCACAUCCUCGGUCGCCUCCCCAGCAGCUGCUCUGCCCACCAGCCUGACCCGCCCAGAGCAGGAGCUGGCAGUCGUCCUCCCGCGGCAACAGACUGGAACAAUUAAGGACCAAAUGGCGUGAUCGAUCUCUUCAAAUGAUUCUGUAUGAUUGUUGUGUGUCGGACUGUGAUCGAGGUCACGAGUUGUCUCAUUAAUUGGACCAGGCCAUGUAGCCUAGGUGGUCAGUGUGAUAGGAAUUAGUCCCCAUUUUGCUAGCAACAUCCAAGGCCACUUCGGAAACCAUUUCCCUUCCAGUAGCCCGGUGUCUGUCUCAGAGCGUUCGUGAAGUCUUCCUGCCUGGACGGACUUUCUAGGCAGAGCCUGACCGUCCGUACGGCAGCUGGCGCGCCCAGCGGCUCGACGAGAGCUGGCUUUACUCCAGGGUAAGUGGCUGCGGACUUUUCUGCACAAUGUUUUCAUAAAGAUCAUAGGAUCCUCUUGCCCUGAAGUCUCUCUCUCUCUCUCUCUUUUUUUUUUUUUUUUUUGGAAAAAGCUAAGCUGUAUUUUUAGUGAGCUACCCCUUUAAAAAAAGGUGAAAUCUUUCUAAACAGGGUUCAAAGAUGAGAGCUGAAAAACUUGUGGCCUUAACAACUGAAAGCUUUACCAGUAUUCAUGUUGCUCGGGUGUCAGGAUUGCGCUUUGGCCGCGCCACCUCCGAGCAGCCGUCUCCUCCUGUCAUCUCGCUGUGUCCUGUCCCCGGAGUCCUCUCAUCUCCCGCUGGGCGCCGCUGGAGGAGAUGCACCCAGAGUGUACUGCACUUUUUAUAUAGCUGCGUUAUUGCCGAUUCCAAUUUAAAAAUCCAUAUUCAACAGACCCCUCCUGCAUCUGUGCCCCGGCGAUGUCAAGGAUCAGCCUUGACCGGACCUCAGCUCACACUGAGUCUUAAAGGGAAAACUCCUGCCGAGUGUCGUGUCGAGCAAGAGAGUCUCACGGGCCAAGCGAGGAGAAGGGGGACUCUCUGACCUCGGGCCGACAGGUCCCAUCUCCUCGCCCGAGGGCUUCUUGCUGAACGAUUCCCGGUCGUGCCGUGCGUGCUGUCGGUCCCAGGUCCCAGUUCUGUGUCGCUUGUCCCGCCCCUGAGAGCCGGCAGCCGAAGGCCCUGGCCCAGCGUGUGCUGAGUGAGGCCCCAGAGCUUAUCAGGCCUUAGCGGCUGCUGGUAUGUACAUGAACCCAUUAACCCACUUCAUUUUUUUGAACGUUUGGCCAGUUCUUUAAAUAUGCACAUUUGAAGAGAAACUUCUACCACUGCUUUAAAAAAAGAUAAAAACAAAACUCUGAGAUGAACCAUAUGUGUUGUAGUUACACUCAGAGAUUAACAGUCUCAGCCAUACAUACUGUUUUUUUCAGACAUUUAAUAACCACUACAUUUUUUUUUUUUUUUUUUUUUGCAUUCAUGAAGUAUGGAUACAUGUAUAACAGGGACUAAAUGUUUUUUUGCAACAGGCUGGUUUUUUGUUUGGAUAGCGGGAUGUCCUCCGGGUUGCUGGAGAUUUACAUAUCCUGUUGCCUAAAAAUGUGUGUAAAAUGAGCUGAUAAACCAGAGUGCUACUUUUUUUUUUAAUAUUUCUGUGAUUUAUAAGAUAUAUAUGCUUUCUAUGUUAAUAUGAGCUUGUGCACAGUGUUUCAAGGAAAAAAUUAAUUAGAGGGGUUUCCUUGUCCCCUAAAGUCUGUGACAUAUUUCAUAUAGAAUUUUUAUAGAAAAACAACUAGUCUUGGCAAACACCUGACCAUAUGAAACAUGCGGUCAGUUUCCAUUUUCUGUUGCCUAAACAGGGCCCGAGGAAGUAGGCCUUAGUUAGGUGGCUUGGUUCUUUAACUGGAAAGAUAAUUAUGCUUCAGAUAGGCAUUGAGGUGGUCGGUACUUUUAUAGCUGUUCUUUUAACAUUUGUGGUGGAGAGAGGAGGGCAGGAAUUCAGUCAGGGAUGAGGCUGAUUGUCCUGUCCCUGCCCCACCAUUACCAGUUCCAGUAACAAUCUUGCCUCUAAUCGCACUUCAAAUCAUGUUUAAAAUAUGUUGAGUCAAACUUCCUUUUUCUUCGUGGAGUCCAGGGAUAGCAAUGGUACUUAGCCGCCAUGGGGUGGGGGGAACAUGGCGUGAGUUCCACAUUGGCUUGGGGGUGCGUUCUUGGAGCUCUAGAAAGAGCACCUUUCCAGAGUCUCGGAUCUCCCUGAGGUGCCGACGUGCACGGGGCUGCGUGCCGCAGGGUCCUCCAGUGGUGGCUGCCGGGGGCGGGGGGGGGCUGUGCAUGUUCUCUGUCCCCUCUGUGCUCUCCAGGCUGUCACACUUGAUCCUACAACUGCCUAGCUGUUCUUGUGAAGUUUGAACCCAUAGCUUAAGUACUACUAAUAGCAACAUCUCAAUUUUAUUUAUCCAGAAAGUUGCCAACUGUAAAUGAGUAGAGCAGGAAGAAUGAACUCUACGGACCUCUAACGUGUCGCGUCAGUCAACAUGUGACCCUCACUUAGCUUUUAACUGCCUCUUGCUCAUCCCCAGAUUUAUGCUACAGUGUGUUCUUAACAGCCUUUUCUUUUCUUUUUAAGAGGAGGGUACAGACCCUGUGCUAUGUAUAAAUGGAAUGGCUAGAACGAUCUCGCAGUGACCCUCUAACACAGGAAUUUUCCACAAAUUUAAGUGCCUCCCCUUAGGACUUCUUGACUUGCAGCUGUCUUUUUAGUGGUGUCUCACUGAAGGAGGUAUUAGCGUGUGUGUUCUGUUCGGAGCUUGUUGCUGUGCGUUGUCCACCCCGGUUACAGUUUCGUCGAGGCCAGACGAGAUUGCUCGGUUCACCUGCCAUAUUCUCUCCAGGAGUGGGGUCCCCGUGACUGUCAGUCCUCUACCUCAGAGCCCUGGGUUGUUUGUGACCGCCCUGUUCAGCGUCUCACUCUUCUCCCUGAAUGGGGUCCCUGCGCGGAACUCGGCCUGCAUGUGGGUUCCCCACCCCUCCCCAUUCGUGUCUCCCACCUUGUAGGGAACAGUGUGCUCAUCUUGUCCGCAGGCGUGAAGUGGAAGAAGAGCCUUGGGGCAGGGGAGAGCCUUGAUCUCCAUCCAGCUUUUUGGUUUUUUUUUUUUUUUUUUUUUAAUCUGGAGAAAAAACUCCAUUGACCUAUAUAAUGCUUAGGCGUGAGAGGCAGACUAAGCCCCACCCCCCAGGCGAUGGUGACAUGAGCAGGUAAAUGCACCGGUUCGGUGACAGCCCCCCUUGGAGCUUGCAGGUUGAGACCGUGAUGGAGCUUCUGAAACAAGCUUUCUUCCAGGACCUAGGGUUGCUUCCCUCAGGACCAGCCCCGGGAGAACCGGGCCCAAGGCUGGCAAACCCAGCCCUUGCAGAUCUGAAGCACCAGAGCUCCCCAGCCUGUGCUGUGGAGGGGAGGGAGCAGAGGGGAAACAGCUUUCUGAAGGGGUUUGGAAGCCACAUUCCCCUUUUUUGUGCAAGUAAUUUAGAGAAGAGCUGAUUAUUUGACAAGAUAAAAACUAAACACUUGUUACAUUUCCAGAAGUUAUCAUAGAUGCCUUAAAGACUUUCUUUGGAAGAUCAUUGCCUGUACAGUUACUUUUUGUGUGUGGCAUAAAUAAUGCAGUAACCUGUUACAACUGACAACGUUGGUUUUCUGUAGCUAAGGAGUCUUGAGUUGGCAGCCUGCUCGACUUAAUGGCUCAAUGUCCUUUUUGGCAGAUGUGUGGAGCUGGCUGUUACCAUGACAACCUGUGUGCUAUACCAAGGGGAGGGGCUGGGCAGAAACAGCAGGCACACAUUCGGGUUGAUCACCUUGGCUUCCAAGCCAUCCGGGUGGUGCUCGGUGUGGGGCAAGGGCAUCUUAAGAGGACCAUGGCGCGUAUCAGCAUCGUUUCUUUGGAGUCUGUGUAAUGGAAUGUAUUUUUCAAAUACUGAUAUUUGCAUUUUCUGUAAUAAUUCCUUAUAAAUAAAAUGAGGUAAAAUUGUGCAUUUAAAUUGGAAAUCUUAAUAACACAUUUGUAGUUCUUUUUAAUGCAAAAAGUACCAAUAAGCAUUAAAAACAAACAAACUUUAAACUCUU